GUACUCUAUAUAGUGCAGAAAGACCACAAACCUUCAUAAGUAUAUAAAGUUGUGCAUAGAGCAUCUCGUUCCAUUAUUAUACAGGAAAGAUGAUGUACGUUACUUGUGUUUCUUCGGUUUCCUGUUAAAUAUACAGCGAACAGAUUUACGAUUGUAAAGAAAAAUUAAUAUGAUCGUCGUAAUGAAUGGAACUAAUUCCUCAAAAUUUUGGACGAUUGCUAGGGAACAUGAGAAGCUAGCGGAUGCUAUGCACUACGCGAUCGGGGUAGCAUUUGUUUUGAUAAUGCUCAUAUCUACCCUCGGAAACGGCGGUGUGAUGUAUGUUUUUAUAAGGACCAGGAACCUACGAACCCCAAAUUACUUCUUGGUGUCCGCCCUAUGUCUCGGGGAUUUCCUAAUGAGCACCUUGGGGAUGCCAAUGUUCAUCACUUCCUGUUUCUUCACGCGCUGGAUCCUGGGACGGGUUGGCUGCUUGGUUUACGGGACCUUGAUGACUUUUUUGGGCUUGUCGCAAAUCACGUUGCUCGCUAGCAUCGCCUUCACCCGAUAUCGUUAUGUCGUGAACAACUGUUCCAUUGACACCCUUGUCGCCAAAAUCGUUGUCAUCAUGUGCUAUUUAUACGCUUUCAUUUUCUCACUGGCACCUCUCUUUGGUUGGAGUCGACCCGUGGUGGAACCCAUCGGGACGUCAUGUGGUCCAAAUUGGGCAGGAACCGAACCCCGAGAUGUUAGUUACAAUUUGACGAUUUUCGUUUUGUGCUUUUUUGUGCCGCUAAGCAUUAUCACUUUUUCGUACUUCAUGAUUUAUCUAAAGAUAAAAAGAAAACGAAUACACAAAAAGACUGAUGGAUACGAAAACCAUGUCACAGUCACCAUUUUGCUCAUGAUAGUUGCAUUCCUGUUAUCCUGGAGUCCAUAUGCGGCAUUGGCGAUGUAUGUCAUCAUCACUAAAAAUAGCACAAUGCAUCUUGCCCUAUCAUCAGUCCCUGUGGUUCUAGCCAAGACUGCCCCAUUAUGGAACCCAUACAUAUACUUCGUGAGAGACAGAAGAUUUAACAAGGAGUGCGAAAAGCUGUUGCCGAUCUUCAAAAAGCUCGGAAUUUUUGAAAGUCAUCGUACAGAACAACACGAAUGGCACCAAAUGGGGGAUACAUCAUCCACGAAUGUACCCUUGUGCGAACACGAAAAGCAGAAAACUGUUGCCGAUCUUAAAAAAGCUCGGACAUUUUGAGAUUCGCCCCCACGGAACAACAUGAAUCGCACCCCAUGGGGGAUACAUCCUCGACGAAAGUACCUCUGUGCGAACGGUGAACAAAAGAAAAACACUGUGAAUUUGUUGUUUGGUGCUUGUUUUUGACGACUAUAGAUUCGUUUUUUACGCGAGUACUUAAUUCCGCAAUUCAAAAGUUAUGCAUCAAAUCACGAUAAUAUAAAGCUAGGAAGCCAAUUUUUUCUCAUAGUUUCAUUCAGUUUUUAUCUGUCCGAAAAAGAAAACGAGAUUUUAAAAUGUGAGGCGUGGCUGAAAAUCGUGAUUUUACGCGGAUAUUAAUUCCUCGCGUUUAGAACCAUUUUAACAGGAGCUUGGACUUUGGGUUGUUGAGUCAAACGGCAAUGUGACGUAGGCCUGUCUAUUUUUUGUAGGCCACUCAGGCAUGGAUAUCAACACGAUUUGUCUGGCUUUUGAGCAAAAACUACGCAAUCGGUGUAUAUUUCGCUUGAAACUAGCAUCAUUUUAACUUGUUUUGACGCAAGAAAUAGAUUGUUACAUCCUACUGAAAGUUUAAGGUCUUGUUAAAAUGGUUUUAAUUGGGAAUCAACAGUAAUUAAUUACUGUGAACACAAUACGUUUAGCUUGCAUGGUAUUUGGAACGGGUCAGCUUGAUAUAUAAUAUUUUAGCACAAUCCUGAAUGUGCUUAUUUAUCUAAAUGUAUAAAUGUUUGACGUUUGACGAUGUACGUUACUUGAUUUAGCAGAAGCUGCAUUCCACCGUAAAUUGCUUAUUAAAUCUCACAAGUGUAAUGUAAAACUUUAACAGUAUUUUUGACAUUUAGAGAUGUAGAUCCGAAGUAUUUUUGUAAGGAAAAGGGUGGAGUUAGUCAUUAAAAUUUGAAUUUAUGUUAUUUGUCAAACCUGUCAGGAAAAACAGAGAAUUUUCAUAGUUUUCAUUUCACUUUAAUUUCGAUGUUUCAAUUUACAUGUAGGUUUUUAUAAGUUCUAGAUCCUCCGUUUUUGAUUCUAAGCAUAUAGCGUUAGAAAUACAAUUAACACGUACAAUUGAAUAAUCACCUCAUUAAUUAUAUAACCUUUAAUAGCUUAGCAUGGAUUUUUAGUCUUAAAUAUAUUGUUGUCUUUGUACUGGUAAUAACGGUAACCAAAGAAAAUCAAUGAACUUAUAUUGAUAAAUUACAGCAUUAAAUUUUGAUAAUCAAACAUACUGUAAAGGGCUUUCAAGAAAUGUUGAUAUCUAUUUUUAUAUUACGUGUAUAAUUAUUAACGAAUAUAGUAAAUGAUAAUCAUUCAUGAAUAUCAAAUUUAGUUAAGCUCAGUUUUUGCAAAUGUACAUACUAUUUGAUUAUUACGAGGGUUGUUAGAAAAGUUCGCGGGAAAGUUUCGGAGCGGACUAUUAGCGCGAUUUCAGCGAAACUUUUCAGAUUUAAAAUUGACGUAUUUUCAAACAGAUAUGUAAUAUAUUAUUUUUUAAUGCACUAAUGCACUAUAAAAAUAUACAGCUUAACUAUUAUGAUAAGAUAAGCUUCACGGAGCUUGUCAGUUUUUUUUUUAUAUUCCGUACGCAUUUUUCCUAACUAGAAAAUUGUACCGUUUAAGCUCAUACAAUUGCUUGAUAUUUUGUAUGACAUCGCAAUAACUUAUUAACGUCAUUUUGUAAAAUUUCAAUUCAUUAAAUUGAAAAAUUUCUUACCGUUUUAUCGCUGAAUAUGGACAAACAACGCUUGAAAAUUGAGUCAAAAACGUUAGACAUCUUGGAGCACUGGGCCAUCAUUAAAUUUUGUGUGCAAGCAAGAAAGAUUUCCGAUUGAAACAAAAAGGUUGUUAUAUGCUGCCGGAGAUUACCCUCAUAUGUCUGGGACAACGGUUUACAAAUUAAUCGAACCCUAGGUUUAAAGAUGGAAGGACUGGUAUUUUGAGGUUUAGCUAUAAAUGUAGCUAUAUUUGGGGGGGGGGGGGUCAUAUAACCCAGAUCUUGCACCUAAGGAUUUUGCUAUAUUUACCGUCUUCCUUGGAUAUAUAGAGUUGAAAUAAUUUACAGUCUCCGGGUUGUGCACUUCCUUUCCUUUGUGAUUGGUUGAAAAUACAUGAUUUGAAAAUUUACAUUUAUUUCAUUGGUUGAAAUACUGUUCGGCGCAAGGGAGAUAAUUUUCUGAUGAUCUUUUUCACAAAUCUCGUAGAUUUCAAAUCUUAAAAAGUGAGAAAACGAAAAAGCAAUACAAAUUGCUAUGAAUGAAAUUCAGCCUUUGGUUUUCAGGUCCAACUAGUUGAAAGUAACAUUCUAUAUUUAAUUUAUCUAUUUAAAAAUUGUUUGUUUUUCUUUUGAAUUUAUUCAAAUACUUAUACAAAAAUGAAAAAAAAAAAAAAAAAAAAAUUGAUGCGGUAUGCCUAAUAUCGGUAAAGUUAUUUGCACCUUAGACAGAUAAAUGCAGUGGUAUAACUUUGAUUUUAUCAAAAUAAUACGAGUCUACGACCCUACCUUAGAUCUCUUUCACCCUAUAGUCGAUCUCAACUUACAAGCUCGGGUACGCAGUCCUCAAUUUUAGACACGCAAGCUUAAACGACACAUGACAUAAAAAUGUUUUAUAAAUCAACUCGCCAUGCUAUGUAGAGGAAGGUGACAUUUAUAUAAAAAAGAGUUAAACUGUCUUUGAUAACUAAGUGCUGUUUAGGGUUUGUUCUAAAGACGGUAAGCUUUUUAAAAAAAGCUAAACUUGUUCUUCAUCUAAAUUCGAAACUGUGUGGAUUGUGAUUUUCGUAGCUUAAUGAUCUACGUUAUCCUCCAAAAGACAUUUUACAAAAACUUAUGACAAAUAACGGUGUGGAGGUGCAUUUUAUAACUGGGUUAAAUAAUAUGAAAAGUGUGUGGAACUGAAAGAUGUUUACUUUGAAAAAGAGUCACAGGUUUACUUUCAGUUGUUUGACGUCACCUGACCUUGUAGAAAUAUGAAAUGAUGUUCCGUAAAAUUUUAAUCUAAUUCUUACAAAGUAAAAAUUGCUGUAUAUGUUGAAAAACUUAUGGGAAUCAUAUGAUUUUUUUUGCAUACUUUACUAAUCUAAUUCGUACCAAGUAGAAAUUGCUGUAUUUGUUGAAAAACUUAUGAUUUUUUUUUCAUCAAUCAUUUUAUUAAACAUAAUUAUCCUUCAAAGUACACAGUGAUUUUCCCGUAAAACGUGUCCGCGAACUUUUCUAACAACCCUCGUACAUGAAAAUGUAUAUAUUUUUUUUUACGUAUUUAAAUAUAUGUACAAUCAUUGAUGAACAAUCACAUAAAUUUACCUUAACUGUUAUCAUUCAAUUUAUCAAAUGUAAAUCUUUGGUUUCAUCUGUACUCGUUUAUUUUUAAUUUUAGUGGAUUUUGUUGUUGAGUUAAUCCACAAAAAGUAAUGUCAUCAAUAUUCGUUGAAUUCCAAUUUUUGUGAUUUUUUGUUGUUGUCUUGAUCCACAAAAUAGAAUCUUUAAUUAAAGCCGCCGGAUUCUUAUAAUUUUUUGUACUGGUAUGAUCAUUUGUCGCGUAU